GUGUGUGUAUUAGUACACAGUGUGUGUAUCAGUACUCAGUGUGUGUAUUAGUACACAGUGUGUGUAUCAGUACUCAGUGUGUGUAUCAGUACACAGUGUGUGUAUCAGUACACAGUGUGUGUAUUAGUACUCAGUGUGUGUAUUAGUACACAGAUGGAGGAGGUGUGUGAGGACGACCUCUGCUGGCUGCAGUUGGAUGAUUUCAGGAUGCUCCUCAUUAAAACCAUCGACCCUUCAAGGAUCACUCCUUACCUCCGACAGUGUCAGGUGCUUAGUGCGGAGGAUGAGGAGCAGCUCUUCAACGACCCCGCUCUCGUCGUCAGGAGGAGAAAAGUCGGAGCCCUGCUGGACAUCCUGCAGAGGACGGGGGUCAAAGGUCACACAGCUUUCCUGGAGAGUCUUGAGCUGGAUUAUCCUCAGCUGUACAGCCGCAUCACCGGGAAGGAGCCCAACAAGACCUUCAGCAUCCUCAUCGACACGGCAGGUGAGUCUGGUCUGACUCAGUUCUUGAUGUCGGAGCUGAGCCGCCUACAGAGGGCGCUGCAGGACGAGAGGAGGCGUCGGCAGCAGGCGUGCUCCGUCGCUAAGGAACAGGAGGUGUGGUCUCGGCAGCAGCAGUUGAGGGACCGUGAGAUGAGGAAGUUGACUGAGCGCGUGCAGAAGAUCCGGGAGGAGCGCGAGCGUCUGAGCGACGAGGUCAAACAGCUGCGAGAUCACAACUACAGUCUGAUGGCCGACAUCAACGCGCUGAACCAGGAGAAGAGCAACGCUCUGCUCGCCAACAGGGACCUGCAGAUAGAGGUGGAGCGUCUGAAACACACGGUGCUGCGAGCUGAGAGUCAGACUCGUCUGCUGAGACGGCGAACACUGAGGCCGCUGCAGGAGAGCAGGAGUCUGGCUCUGCCCUCCGAGACCUUCUUCCACCCCAACAGACUGGAGGAGCUGAAGGAGAAAGAGGAGAAGCAGGAGGAGAAGAAGGAGGAGAAACAACAGAAGAAGAAGGACGAGAAGCAGCAGAAGGAGAGUCCAGCUCCUCCUCAGAUGAACCUCCUGGCUUCAAUGUUAAGGCUGAGGAGAGACCUGCACCGAGCCGAGGAGCAGAGAGCCAGGAGUCAGGAGGAGAAGGAGGAGCUGGAGCUGCUGUCCACUCAGUUGAAGGGAGACGCCAAGAUGUAUCGCCAACGAAACAAACAAACCCUUAGACAGCUGGAGGAGGUGAUCAGGGAGAGGGACAAGGCGUUGGCAUCACGGGCGGAGCAUCAGGAGGAGGUGCGGCAGCUCUUGCAGGAGAAGGAUCAGUACAGGGAGCAGGUCAGACAGCUCACUGAGCAAUCUGAUAGGCUGGAGCUCCUCCUGUUGAGGUCACAGGGGGAGGAGCUACAGCUGAGGACACGCCUCCGCAGACUCACCUGCAACACUCACCAGUGUGAGAGGAGUGUGAGCAGCGAUGAAGAGGAGGAGCCAACAGAGAAGGAUACCAAAGGGAGCAGUGAGGAGGUGCGCAGUGGGACGUCAGGGGAAAAUGAGGAGGUGGCAGCGCUGCAGCAGCAGCAGGACUCUCCUGUAGGAGGAGCCACAGAGUCUGAGCAGAAGCCCUGCACUGCUGCAUCAUGGGAUGAGGAGACAGACGGCUGUCAGAUGCCCAGAAGUCGACCAAACUUCUUCUAUCGCAGGAAGCGAGCCCUCAGGUCGAAGCUCACCUCUAAGGAGUACCCAGCUGGUAACCUUGAGGACAGCAGCGUCAGUGACAUCACAGACUCUGACUGAAAACAAAGAGUCUCAGAGACACUUUUUAUUUCUGCUGUUUGACUUUAGAAACAUUUGUUUGGUUUAUUUCAGUCUGAUUCUGUGUUUUUACUUUUCAUCAGUGUGUCUGUGUAACAGUGACAUCAGCUGUCACAUCAAACUUUAAUAUUUGUUCUUUAACAUCAAGCUCAAGUUUCUGACAGGGAAAGACAAAACAGAUGAAAAGUUUCUACAUAUAAAAAUUUUUUUUAAAAAUG